GCUCGCUUCUAUUUUUCCCAUCUUCAAAAUCUAUCCUUUCCUCGAAUCCCACUAUUUUCUGCGCAAAUUCUUUUGGAAACCUCAAGUGGGUAUCCUCAAAAGAGUCGAUUUUUUAUUCGUUUGGUGAAGGGUUUUUUGGUGUGAUUAUUUCGUGAUUUGUUGUUGUUGGCCAUGGAGGUUUCGGUGAUUGGGAGCUCUCAAGCGAAGCUAGGAGCGUCCGAUUUGGCAAAUAGGGAACAGGGUUUUUGUAAUCUGAAGAACAAUUUCAGGGUUUUGAAUGAUAGAGUUAGUUUUGGUAGGAAUAUACGGUGGAAGAAGGUUGGUUUAAGCUUUACUUUGAGGGCUGUUCAUACUGAACCCGUUAGAGAGGAGAAGAAGCUUUCUGGGUCUGGAACGAAAUCCAAAUCGGUAGAUGGUGUAAGAUUAUUUGUGGGGCUGCCUCUGGAUACAGUUUCUUAUGACUGCAAUUCAAUAAACCAUGCUAGAGCAAUUGCAGCUGGCUUAAAAGCUUUGAAGCUGUUAGGAGUUGAAGGUGUUGAGCUCCCUAUUUGGUGGGGAAUUGUUGAGAAAGAUGCCAUGGGAGAAUAUGACUGGUCAGGCUAUCUUGCUAUUGCUGAGAUGGUCCAGAAAGUGGGUCUCAAGCUCCAUGUGACUCUCUGCUUUAAUGGGUCUAAAAAACCAAAUAUCCCCCUACCUAAAUGGGUAUCCCAGAUUGGUGAAUCUCAACCCAAUAUUUACUUCACAGAUAAAUCAGGACAGCAUUAUAAGGAAUGCCUGUCCUUGGCAGUUGACAAUCUUCCUGUUCUUGAUGGGAAGACUCCAGUCCAAGUGUACCAGAGUUUCUGCGAGAGCUUCAAAUCUUCAUUCUCUCCAUUCAUGGGCUCUACAAUCACGAGCAUUUCCAUGGGUUUAGGACCAGAUGGCGAACUACGUUAUCCAUCUCACCACCAGCUACCAAGUAAUGGUACUCAAGGAGCUGGGGAAUUUCAGUGUUAUGACAAAAACAUGCUCAGCUUUCUCAAGCAACAUGCUGAAGCAUCUGGAAACCCUUUGUGGGGGCUUGGUGGUCCACAUGAUGCACCAACCUAUAACCACUUCCCAUACUCCAAUGGCUUCUUCACUGAUGGGGGUUCUUGGGAGUCCACAUAUGGGGACUUCUUCCUUUCUUGGUAUUCCAAUCAGCUCAUAACUCAUGGAGACAACCUCCUUUCAUUAGCAUCUGCUACUUUUGGUGACUCUGGAGUGACAAUCCAUGGAAAAAUCCCACUCAUGCACUCUUGGUAUGGAACUCGAUCUCAUCCUGCGGAGCUAACCGCAGGGUUCUAUAACACAGCUAGCAGGGAUGGCUAUGUGCCUGUUGCACAGAUGUUUGCUAGGAACUCAUGCAAAAUGAUAUUACCCGGCAUGGACCUCUCGGAUGUGAACCAACCAAAGGAAAACCAUUCUAGCCCUGAGUUGCUACUUGCACAAAUCAUGGCAGCUUGCAAAAAGCAUGAGGUCAAGGUUUCAGGUCAAAAUUCUUCUGAGUCUGGUGUUGCAGGGGGUUUUGAACAAAUUAAGAAGAAUCUGUCUGGGGAUAAUGUAUUGGAGUUGUUCACAUAUCAUAGAAUGGGAGCAUCUUUCUUUUCUCCAGAGCAUUUUCCUUCAUUCACUGAGUUUGUCCGGAGCCUUAAGCAACCAGAACUUCACUCGGAUGAUCUACCUACUGAGGAGGAAGAAGGUGCUGAAUCUGCUGUUAUGAGCCAUGAAGCAAGCGUGAGCAUGCAAGCAGCCUAAUGGUUGUAAAUUUGUAAUGUAUGAUAAUUAUGUAUAUAACAAUUAGUUAUACCCUUACAUGGGAUGAGAUUGUGGACAGGUUAUUUUGUACGCACAAGAUGAGGAUCCCUUUUCUUGGUAUAUCCUCAUGCUGAGACAUCAUAGUUAUUCCUUAUAAUGUAGCCAAGGUGGGUGGCAGAUUAGCUUUUUGUCAUUUGUGCUCAUGUGUACAUUUAUAUUCAAUAUUGUUUUGUUUA